AUGCCGCCCUCCUCCACCCCCAUGGACAUGGAUCCAACCCCUCCACCUGCUGCCUCCACCACCACCGCCGCUCCCGCCACCAACGGCGUCAACGGUACACACACACUCCCCCCCGAUCCGCCAAAGGAGGAUCUCGACGGCGAAGCCUACAAGCAAGCCGGAAACAAGUUCUUCAAGCAGAAGGAGUACCUGAAGUCGGUCGAGCAAUACUCCAAAGCGAUCGAGUGCGAGCCCGAGAACGGAACGUUCCUGUCAAACCGCGCCGCCGCAUACAUGCUCGCUGGGAAAUUCCGCGAGGCCCUGGCGGACUGCAUCUCGUCCGACCGCUUCAGCCCCAACAACCCCAAAACUCUCCUCCGGAUGGCCAGGAUCCAGCUCGCCCUGGGACGUCCCGAGGAUGCCCUCGAGACGUACGACAGGAUCCAGCCGCCCCCGUCCGCGAAAGAUAAGGCCCCCGCUUCACAAAUGUUGCAGCACCUCAGAUCUGCGAGGCAGAGCGUGGAGUCUGGUACUCACGGCUCGAUGACCCUGUACGCUCUGGAUAGGGCUGAGUCGGGGCUGGGCCAGGGUGUCGACCCCCCCAAGGAGUGGAAGAUUCUGCGAGGAGAGGCCAAUCUCAAGAUGGGUACACAGCACUCGUGGGGUGAGGCGCAGAACGUGGCUAUGAGCUUGUUACGCCAGAACCAGCAGGAUUCCGACGCGUUGGUGCUGCGGGGACGCGUCUUGUACGCCCAGGGCGACAAUUCGAAGGCUGCCGCCCACUUCCAGGAAGCUCUCCGGUGCGAUCCCGACAUGAAGACGGCCAGAAUAUACCUCAAGAAGUCUCGGGAGCUCGAAAGGAAGAAGUCGGACGGUAACGAAGCUUUCAAGAAGGGCGAUUAUGCCAAGGCCAAGGAUCUGUACUCGCAGGCUCUGAGCGUCGACCCGGACAAUAAGGGGACCAACGCCAAAAUAUACCAGAACAGGGCUAUGGCUUGCAGCAAGCUCAAAGAAUGGUCGGAAGCCAUCACGGACUGCGACGAAGCUCUGCGGCUCGAUCCAACCUACACCAAAGCGCGAAAGACUCGUGCCAAGGCUCUCGGCGAAAGCGGUAACUGGGAAGAGGCCGUGCGCGAACUUAAAGCCGCAUCCGAGGCCGAUCCCGCCGACGCUACGCUCAAGAAGGAGAUUCGGAACGCGGAGCUGGAGCUUAAGAAGAGCAAACGGAAGGACUACUACAAGAUCCUGGGUGUUGAAAAGGAUGCCACCGAGACCGACAUCAAGAAGGCGUACCGAAAGAUGGCCAUCAAGUACCACCCCGACAAGAACCCCGACAAUCCGGAAGCUGCCGAGAAGUUCAAGGAUCUCGGUGAGGCGUACGAAUGUCUCUCGGAUCCUCAAAAGAAGGAGCGGUAUGACUCUGGAAUUGAUCUUCAGGAUCCCGAAGACAUGUUUGGUGGGAUGGGAGGGGGUAUGGGCGGAAUGGGAGGCGGAAUUGACCCAAGCGUGCUAUUCAACAUGAUGAACGGCGGCGGCGGCGGAGGAUCCUUCAACUUUGGCGGAGGAGGAGGCGGCUUCCCUGGCGGCGGCUUCCCGGGCGGCGGUGGCGGACGACGCGGCCGUAACAGUGCGCAGGGAGGAUUUCCUCCCGGCUUCAGCUUUUAA